AUGACAACGCAGUCACAACAGUCACAACAGAGUCAGCCAGCGGGACAUUUUCGUGCUGGGUUUGAUAACUGCCUGGAUGACUUUCUUGAUGCAAACGCACCUGAGGAGGUGGAGACACAUGAGGAGGCGGUGACCCCUGAGGAGGCGGACACAACUGAGGUGCCGGAGCCGAGCACAAAGAAGUUCUACGAGACUUUGUUUGCCGCGCAAAAACCUCUUCAUUCACUUACAGAGGUUACCCAGCUGGAUGCAAUCGCUCGCCUAAUGGUCUUCAAGAGCGAUAGGAACUUGAGUAGAGAUGGGUUCGAUGAUCUUCUGACUAUCAUUGGCAGCAUUCUGCCGCAAGGGCACCUCCUAACGAAGAACAUGUAUGAGUCUAACAAAAUCCUCAGUGCACUUAAGAUGCCAUAUGAGCAGAUACAUUGUUGUCCAAAGGGAUGCAUGCUAUUCAGGAAAGAACAUGCUGAAGGAAAGUAUUGCAUCAAAUGCAAAUCCUCUAGGUAUUUCGAGGUGGACUCCGGUAAUGGUCAGAAAAGGCAGACAGGGGUUGCCCAAAAGAUCCUCCGGUACCUUCCAUUUCUCCCGAGGAUCCAACGGCUUUUCAUGACGGAGGAAUCUGCCCAACAGAUGCGCUGGCCCUCAUUGGGGCAUAGAUAUCGUAAGGAGAAGAUGAUACAUCCAUCGGAUGGUGCAGCAUGGCAGAAGUUCGCAGCUUUGCAUCCGAAGAAAGCAGGCGACCCAAGGAGUGUGGCAAUUGCGAUAUCCACGGAUGGGUUCAAUCCAUAUGGCAUGUCAGCUGCGACAUAUAGUUGUUGGCCCGUAUUUGUUAUUCCCCUGAACCUGCCCCCUGGCGUUGUCAUGAGAUCGCAGAACAUGUUUGUGUCGCUCAUAAUCCCAGGGCCAAAAUACCCGGGUAAGAACAUGAGCGUGUACCUGGAACCGUUGGUGGAUGACUUGCUUGUUGGAUGGGAGGGGCGCGGGGUGCGCACAUAUGACGCCGUAACAAAAAAGCACUUUGAUAUGUAUGUCUGGCAGGCAGUGACUUUCUUCUGGCUGACAAAGGGAGGCAAGUAUUCCUGCUUUGACGAACAUCGAAAGUUCCUUGACCAGAAUCAUAGAUUCCGGAGUGACAAAAAGAGGUUCAAGAAAGGCGUUGCUAUCACUACUCCACGACCACGGUUGAGGACCGGCGCCGAAAUCAAGGCUGAGUUGGAAGCUCUCCGCCCUAAUGCCAAUGGGAAUGGUUUCGAAGGAUAUGGAGAGACACACCAGUGGACUCACAUUCCAUGCUUAUGGAAACUCCCUUAUUUUCAUCAGCUCGAGCUCCCGCAUAACAUUGAUGUAAUGCACACUGAAAAGAAUAUCGCUGAGGCCCUUUGGAGCACCAUCAUGGACACUGAGAAGACGAAAGAUAACAUUAAGGCACGAAUCGAUCAACAACAGUGGUGCGAUAGGCCAGAAUACGACAUGAAGCCUCCUGGAGUCAAAGGCCCCAAGUGGUCUAAGCCAAAGGCCCGAUUCUGCCCUUCACGGUCCGAUCGGAGAGACAUAUUCAGGUGGAUCGCGGACUGCUUGUGUUUUCCUGAUGGGUACGCAGCUAACUGGGCGAGGGGUGCAAACAUUGACACGUUGCGAGUAGGAGGGCUCAAGAGUCACGACUAUCACGUAUGGCUAGAGCGGAUAAUGCCGGUGAUGAUUCGAGGCUUUGUCGACGAGGAGACUUGGCUAGUGCUGUCAGAGUUGAGCUUUUUCUUCCGCCAGCUCUGUGCUAAGGAGCUAGACCGUAAAGUGGUUGAGAAGCUGCAUGACCAGGCACCGGAGUUGCUUUGCAAGCUAGAGAUGCUCCUUCCGCCAGGGUUCUUUAAUCCGAUGCAGCAUAUGAUCCUGCAUCUCCCGUGGGAGGCGUUGCUGGGGGGCACUGUGCAAACCCGUUGGCAGUAUGGGCCUGAGAGAGAAACGAAGAAGCUUCGUGAAAUGUGUGGCAACAAAUGCAAGAUCGAGGCAUCCAUUGCCGAGGCUGUUCUUAAGGUGGAAGUGUCAAACUUCACGACAAAGUACUAUGAUGAAAACAUUGCUACUCGACACAAUCCAGUGCUUCGUUACAAUGCUGCCGACCCUAAAGAUGUUGCACAACUUAGCAUCUUCAUCGGGCUGGGUGGCAAAUCAAGUGGCACACAGAAAAAGUGUAUCAAAAAUCAAGAGUGGGAAGAGAUCCACACAUAUGUUCUGAAAAGCAUGGAUGAAGUGAAGCCGUACAUCGAACAAUUCAAUGAAAAAUACUGGAAGGUACGGAGCAGGGGUCCUAACUACAAAGAAAAGGACGAGCUCUUUAAAAAGGGUGGUGGAUUCGGUUUCAUUAGUUGGUUCUCGUCUUUGGCAAAAAGGGAUAGAGAGAUGAAUCCCGAGCUGCGAAAAAUUGCCAAUGGCUUUGAGUAUUCCACGGCGUCAUACAAUGCUUAUGACGUGAAUGGGUAUCGCUUCCAUACCCACGAGUACACACAGAGCCGUCCCAACCGGAAGACAAUAAAUAGCGGGGUCUUAUGUGAAGGCUCGGAUGGACUCCAUUACUAUGGAAGAGUCGAGGGUAUAUACGAGCUGAAUUAUGGCUUUGGCAAAGGGCUAAAUCCUGUUGUAUUCAAAUGUCAUUGGUUCGACCCACGUCGGGUGAAACGGAAACCUGAGAUUGGGUUGGUUGAAGUUGACCGAAGCUCGGUAUAUGCUGGAGAUGAUGUAUAUAUAUUGGCUACCCAGGCUUUCCAAGUAUUCUAUCUCCCAUACGCGUGCAAGAACCCGAGAAAAGGUCUACUGAAUUGGGAUGUUGUGAUCACGGUACCGACGCACAACAGGCCUCCUUUGCCAAACAGUGAAGAUUACCGUCGCCUAGACCCCUCUACAUACGACGGCGACUUCUAUCAGGAAGAAGGGCUACCAGGGAAAUUUACUAUCGACUUGCCUUCAAAUGAGGACAUGGAGGAAGAACACGAAGCUACGGGCAUGGAUGAAGACACGGCGCAAGAUGAAGUUGAGGAUGUCGAGAACCAACAAGACUUGACAUUGCUUGAGCGCUUUCGUGCAGGCCUUGACGCCGAUGAUCCCGUGGGACCACCGCCAGGUUACGUGGAUGAUUGGUGGGGCAACGAUGAUAGCGAUGAUGACACAACUGCUCACACAAUUGCUCGCGAUGAGCCGGACAAUGGAUACUAA